UCCUUACGGUCACGUUCUUUUAGCGUCACUGUGUGGCGCUGCGUGAUGACGUGUAUGUACGAGCUAGCAAACAUGGCGAAGAAACAACGUGGGAAAAGCGCUUCGUCUUCAAAGACGGCGAAUAUCAAACACCAGACAGACCAUUUCAGUUUAAUGCUCGAGUCCAGUGACGACGAGGCGCCCGAAGAGGUGACCUUUGAAGAUUCAAAGGCUGAGGCUUUACGGAGCAUGAAACAGGCGCUGGACACGGCCAGAAGGGAAAAAGAGCAACUGAAGGAGAAGAGGAGGAAGAGACAGGAACUGUUCCAGGAGCAGAAGAAAAGAAAACUCUUACCUGCCGACGUGUUGGAGGAAAUCGACUCUGCUCCUUCAAAGACGCAGAAACAGUGUCAAGAAGAAGCUGACGAGGAGCAGCAGGAGGCUGAAGAGGAUGAGCAAAGAAAGAAGAAAAGGAAGAGGAGCGGCAAACUGGCACAUGCCCGGAACCUGAAGGGAAACUACACGGUGCAGACGGCGAAGGAGCGAGACUCGGCGUCCUUCCAGCAGCAAGCGGCCGAGGACUUCCUCCAGUCCAGAAUGUACGGACCAGGAAGCUGCCGGACCACGAGCAACGAGCUGCUCUCCCUCCAGAACAAGACGGGGAGGAAUAAAAGCGCGGCGGUGCAGUUUGUCAAGAAAGACUGGGCCUGCAACGAGAAAGCCAAAGCAGAGAAGCUGAAGAAGAGAUGGGUCCACAAGCAGCAGAUCCCGUCCUGCUGACCGAUCGGACCGACUGCACGUCUCCAAAAAAAACCUGGACCCCGGGCCAGCUGACCUUCGCUGCGCCGGCACCGAGCUGCACAGACUUCACGGUUCCUUCUGCACGCCGGAUUUAAAACUGAUGUCGAUCGCGGCCGACAGAAACACGCAGGAAGAAGUCACCUAAGCUUUGGGCCGGGACGCGCUCUGGACAACAAAUGAUAUUGACUUAAUGUGCCCUUUUUUCACUGCUUUACCAUUAACGGGAUUCUCAUAACCUGAAUUUAACAUUUUGUUUUUGAAACGGGACACUCCCUCAUCUGUGUUUCUUAAAGAGCAGAAUCAGACCUGCUCUGUUUUCUGUAAAAUCACUGUAUAAAUAAAAGCUUGUUAUAUCUGUA